AUGGGUGAUUUUGAAGCAAUUGGUAAAGCUUUCAUUGAUUUUUAUUAUAAAAAAUUUGACUCAGGUGCACGAGAUGAAGUAGCGGCGCUUUAUGAACCAGUUAAUGGAAUGAUGAAUUUUAAUCAUUCAACUUUUGCUAAGGGUGCUCAAGCUAUAGGUGAAAAAUUACGUUCAUUAACAUUUCAAACAAUCGCUCAUACAAUAUCAACAUUAGAUAUUCAACCAACAUAUGAUAAUUGUAUUCUAAUUGUUGUUACUGGAGGUCUCAAAGCAGAUAAUGAUCCACCAAUGUCAUUUACUGAAACGUUUCUCUUACGAUUUCAUAAUAAUUCAUGGCUUGUAAUAAACAAUGUAUUUCGACUUAUACUUCAAGGUUAA